AUGCGGAAAACAAAAGAGAUUCUAAGAAUUUUCUGCAAAUAUGUGUACUAUGCGGGCGCCGGCAACUGCUGGUACGAAAAUAUUUAUGAGGAAACGUUGCUUUACAAGUUUUACACGUGUACAUCAUUCACGGUAUACACCACAAUGAUAUUUCUUGAAAACUUGGCGGCUCUCAUCGGUGAAUUCCCGGAAGUAGAAAAAAAUUCUGCUGUCAUGUUUUUUGCUAUCCACAACAUUGUGCUCACAAAAAUGUUGCUUCUGCUGUACCACAAGAAAUCUAUACGGAAAUUGAAUUACGAAAUGGCUAUGGUUGGACAAGAGUUUGAAGAGAGCUGGAAUAUGAGAAGGCAACAAUUAAAAGUAUGGGGUGGUAUUAUUGCGUACGUAAUAUCAGUGUACUUGUCUCUUAUCGCGUAUGGAGUUGCGAGUACUAAGAGGGUUUUAGAAGAGGGAGUUCCAUUUUACACUGUCGUCACAUACUUGCCAUACUACAAUGACGACUCCACGAUAGCAUCGUGUGUCCGUAUAUUUUUCUACAUCACCUGGUUGUACAUGAUGUUGCCAAUGAUGUCAGCUGACUGCAUGCCGAUCACCCAUCUUAUAACCAUGACGCACAAGUUUAUGACGCUGUGUCAACAUUUCAACAGAAUCAGAAAGGAAUUUGAAAAAGACGCACUGAUUAUGGAUAAACAACGCGCUUUGGAAAAACUCAAGGAAGGCGUCUUACAAGGCAUACAGAUACACCAAAAACUUAUGCACUUAGGGGACGAAAUACACCGUGUUUUCGGAAUAAUCAUGUCACUCCAAGUUUGCGAGAGCUCAGCGGUGGCGGUUUUACUUUUGCUACGUUUAGCUCUGUCGCCUCACAUGGAUUUAACAAAUGCCUUCAUGACAUACACUUUCGUCAGCUCUUUAUUUUUAUUGCUCGCUCUUAAUCUUUGGAACGCCGGGGAGAUUACGUAUCAGGCUUCAUUGUUAUCCAACGCUAUAUUCAAUUGUGGUUGGCACCUCAGCAAUAUGGAGAAGGAAUCCCACCGCGACAUCAGAAGAUUGGUUCUUAUCUCAUGCACUCAGGCUCAGAAACCUCUUAUAUUAAAAGCUUUUGGUAUCCAAGACCUUUCCUAUUCCACUUUUGUGUCCCUGGUAUAUGUAUAUGGCCAUGUCCCUAUGUAUACAAUUCAAGUAUAGCUAUGUCAACAAUUACGACAUCUAUCAUUAG